UUUCUCUUACAAAAAGUGUUUGCUCUGUUCCUGCUUUCCCUUCCUCCCUCUUUUUCUUCCCUGUAAGCACAAAGGCUUUUAAACCCUAAGAUCUGUAGUUCUUUUUGCUUUUUCUUGUUACCGUGACAGCAUGUAUCUCUGUUGCUGAAGAAUGAAGCAGGCAGGCUGGAGUUUUUUUAUGUUCAGUGCUUUUGGGACCACUAAGGAGCAGUCCGCAGAGAAAUAUGUACAGCAACUGUGCCAACUGAGUUUCUCGUGCCUGUUAUCUGUCACUUAUUCUGACUAAAAGGGUGAAAGGAUGAUGUGAUGGAGGUGAACAUGGGCCACUGGUCAGGCAUACGGCCCCCUCCACCUUGCCUUGCCCUUCUGCUUGCUGAGCUCCUGGCCUCCCUCUUCGAGGUAGCACACGGAGCCGCCCCGCUUGGCUUUCACUUCACACAUUCCACUUACAAUGCGACUGUGUACGAGAAUUCGGCAGCCAGGACCUAUGUCAACAGUCAAACGAGAAUGGGCAUUACCUUGUCCGACCUUUCUUGGGAUAUCAAGUACAGGAUAGUGUCUGGUGAUGAUGAAGGCUUUUUUAAAGCAGAGGAAGUUGUCAUUGCUGACUUUUGCUUCUUGAGAAUAAGGACUAAAGGUGGGAAUUCUGCUAUAUUAAACAGAGAAAUCCAGGACAACUAUUUAUUGAUAGUGAAAGGAUCUGUCAGAGGAGAGGACUUGGAAGCAUGGACAAAAGUGAACAUCCAGGUUUUGGAUAUGAAUGACUUAAGACCUUUGUUUUCACCAACCACAUAUUCUGUUACAAUAGCAGAAAGCACUCCAUUAAGGACUAGCAUUGCACAGGUGACUGCAACGGAUGCGGAUAUUGGGUCCAAUGGCGAAUUUUAUUAUUAUUUCAAAAGCAAAGUUGAUCUCUUCUCGGUACAUCCUACGAGUGGUGUUAUUUCCUUAAGUGGCCGGUUAAACUAUGAUGAAAAAAACAGGUAUGAUCUUGAGAUUUUGGCUGUGGACCGUGGGAUGAAGCUUUAUGGAAAUAAUGGUGUAAGCAGUACAGCUAAGCUUUAUGUUCACAUUGAACGUAUAAAUGAACAUGCUCCAACGAUAAGUGUAGUAACACAUAUUCCCUUCCCAUCAGACAAGGAGCCUACCUAUGCAGUCGUUAACAUUGACGACCUAGAUGAAGGAGCCAAUGGAGAAAUUGAAUCUGUUUCGAUUGUGGCUGGAGAUCCACUAGAGCAGUUCUUUCUGAUUAAAGAAGGCAAAUGGAUGAAUGAGUACAAAAUCAAAGAAAGAAAGCCUAUUGACUGGGACAGCUUUCCCUAUGGUUACAACCUGACUCUCCAAGCAAAAGACAAAGGAUCUCCUCAGAAGUUUUCUGCAGUCAAACUGGUCCACAUUGCUAGUCCCAAGAAAGAAAGCGUUCCCUUGAAGUUUGAAAAGGAAGCGUAUGAUGUUUCGAUCAGUGAAUUUUCACCUCCAGGUGUGGUGGUUGCAGUCGUUAAGCUGAUGCCUGAGCCCCUGGGUGUGGAAUACAGAAUAUCUCCUAGUGAGGGUGCUGAGAAUUUUAAGAUCAAUCCUAUCACAGGCCUCAUUACUACCGCUCAUUCUUUAAAAAUCAUUGAGAAGGACCUCUACGAGUUAGAAGUAUAUACCAACAAGGGUGAUGAUUUAAAAGCACAGGUUACCAUCAGGUUAGAAGAUGCCAAUGAUCACACUCCAGAAUUCCAGCAGCCUUCGUACAGCUCAUUCGUCAAUGAAAGUGUCCCGGUGGGGUUUAGCGUUUUGGCAGUUUCAGCAGUCGAUAAAGACAGGGGAGAAAAUGGAUACAUAACAUACAGCAUUGCCAGUCUGAACUCACUACCAUUUAUAAUAAAUCAAUUUACAGGUGUCAUCAGCACAUCUGAAGAACUGGAUUUUGAGUCCUCACCAGAAAGCUACAGGUUCAUCGUGAGGGCUUCCGACUGGGGUUCUCCUUACCGCCAUGAAAGCGAGGUGAAUGUUACCAUAUACAUAGGCAACGUCAAUGAUAACAAACCCCUCUUUGAAAAGGUGGCAUGCCAGGGAGUGAUUUCAUCUGACUUUCCUGUUGGUGGUCACAUUACUGCUGUUUCUGCUAUAGACAUAGAUGAGUUGGAGCUUGUAAAGUACAAAAUAAUCUCUGGAAAUGAGCUUGGCCUUUUUUAUUUAAAUCCUGAUUCUGGUGUCCUGCAACUUAAAAAAUCUCUAAUUAAUUCUGGCAUAAAGAACAGCAACUUUGGCCUUAAGAUAACGGCCACUGAUGGAGAGAACUUUGCUGAUGCUAUGUUUAUUAAUAUUUCAAUAGUUCAUGGGAAAGUAUCUUCAAAGACAUUUAGCUGUAGAGAGACAAGAGUUGCACAGAGGCUAGCAGAAAAAUUGCUCAAAAAGGCAAAAGCAAAUGUGAAGUUGAAUUUGGAAGAUGGUUUUCUCGAUUAUUAUUCAGUGAACAGGCAGGCACCACAUUUUGACAAAACCUUUCCAACUGAUGUGAUGGUUUCAGAGGAUCUGCCAGUUGGUGCCACCAUCCUGAGGAUAAAAGCCUAUGAUGCAGACUCAGGCUUUAAUGGAAAGGUAGUUUAUACAAUUUCUGAUGGUAAUGCAGAUAGUUGUUUCAACAUUGACAUAGAGACAGGGGUACUAAAAGUUCUUAUGCCCUUGGACCGUGAAAAAACAGAUCUCUAUAUUCUUAAUAUUACAAUUUACGAUUUAGGUAACCCACAGAAAUCUGCGUGGAGACUGUUGACUGUCACAGUAGGGGAUGCAAAUGAUAACAAGCCCGUUUUUUUACAGGACAGUUACUCAGUUAACAUUUUAGAAAGUACAAGUCUUGGUACAGAGAUUAUCCAAGUAGAAGCCAGAGACAAAGACCUUGGGUCCAAUGGGGAAGUGACUUACUCAGUUUUGACAGACACCCAGCAAUUUGCCAUCAACAGUUCGACGGGAGUGGUGUAUGUGGCUGAUCAACUAGAUCGGGAAACAAAAGCAAACUACACCCUAAAAAUUGAGGCUAGGGACAAAGCAGAGAGUGGCCAUCAGCAGUUUUCCGUUGUGCCUCUGAAGGUGUUUUUGGAUGAUGUCAAUGAUUGUUCUCCAGCCUUCAUCCCAUCCAGUUACAACGUGAAGGUGCUUGAGGACCUGCCAGUUGGCACUGUCAUAGCUUGGUUGGAAACCCACGAUCCAGAUCUUGGCUUGGGAGGUCAGGUCCGAUACUCGCUGGUGAAUGAUUACAACGGGCGUUUUGAGAUAGACAAAGCCAGUGGUGCUAUCCGCUUGAGCAAAGAGCUGGAUUAUGAAAAGCAACAGUUCUACAACCUGACUGUGCGUGCCAAGGACAAGGGACGUCCAGUUUCUCUCUCUUCCGUUUCUUUUGUGGAAGUGGAAGUGGUGGAUGUUAAUGAAAAUCUCUAUACUCCCUAUUUUCCUGACUUUGCUGUCAUUGGAUCUGUAAAGGAAAACUCCCGUGUUGGUACAAGUGUUUUGCAAGUUGUUGCUCGAGAUGAGGACUCUGGAAGGGAUGGGGAGAUCCAAUAUUCCAUCAGGGAUGGCAGUGGACUGGGGAGAUUCAGCAUAGAUGAAGAGACUGGAGUUAUCUACACAGCAGAUGUCCUUGACCGGGAGACAACCAGGUCCUACUGGCUGACAGUGUAUGCGACUGACCACGGGGUCGUCCCGCUCUACGCUACCAUCGAAGUCUACAUCGAGGUGGAGGAUGUGAAUGACAAUGCCCCGCUCACCUCUGAACCCAUCUAUUACCCAUCCGUCAUGGAAAACUCCCCGAAGGAUGUAUCUGUCAUUCAGAUCCAAGCCCAGGACCCUGACUCCAGCACUAAUGAAAAACUGGCUUACCGGAUUACGAGUGGAAAUCCCCAGAAUUUCUUCGUAAUCAAUCCCAAAACAGGUCUGAUUACAACAACAUCAAGAAAAUUGGAUCGAGAACAGCAAGCAGAGCAUUUUUUGGAGGUGACCGUCUCAGAUGGAGGCACGUCUCCCAAGCAGUCCGCAGUUUGGGUGGUGGUCCAGGUUCUGGAUGAGAAUGACAACAAACCCCAGUUUCCAGAGAAAGUCUAUCAGAUCAAGUUGCCAGAGAGGGACCGUAAGAAAAGAGGGGAGCCAAUCUACAGAGCUUUUGCUUUUGACAAAGAUGAAGGCCCUAAUGCAGAAAUCUCAUACAGCAUUGUGGAUGGAAAUGAUGAUGGGAAAUUUUUUAUUGAUCCCAAAACAGGGAUGGUGUCUUCCAGAAAGCAGUUCACAGCGGGGAGCUAUGACAUCUUAACGAUAAAAGCAGUGGACAAUGGCCGGCCCCAAAAGUCUUCGACUGCACGCCUCCACAUCGAGUGGAUCAAAAAGCCCACGCCCUCGCCUGUGCCCCUGACUUUUGAUGAACCCUUCUACAACUUCACCGUCAUGGAAAGCGACAAAGUGACAGAAAUUGUUGGGGUGGUCUCUGUGCAGCCAUCCAACAUCCCUCUCUGGUUUGACAUUGUGGGAGGGAAUUACGAUAGUUCUUUCGACGCGGAGAAGGGAGUGGGCACUAUUGUCAUUGCAAAGCCCUUGGAUGCAGAGCAGCGGUCAAUAUAUAAUAUGACUGUGGAGGUCACCGAUGGAACAAACAUUGCCACGACUCAGGUCUUUAUCAAAGUGUUGGAUAACAAUGAUAAUGGCCCAGAAUUCUCUCAGCCAAGUUAUGAUGUCACCAUCUCAGAGGACAUCCUCCCCGAUACUGAAAUUCUGCAGAUUGAAGCUAUAGACAGAGAUGAGAAGCAUAAGCUGAGCUACACUAUUCACAGCAGCAUCGAUGCGGUCAGCAUGAGAAAAUUCAGAAUUGAUCCCAGUACUGGGGUGCUCUAUACUGCGGAGAGAUUAGACCACGAAGCUCAAGAUAAGCACAUCCUUAAUGUCAUGGUCCGAGAUCAAGAAUUCCCUUACAGAAGAAACCUGGCCAGAGUCAUCAUAAACGUGGAAGACUCCAAUGACCACAGCCCAUACUUCACCAGCCCGCUGUAUGAAGCCUCAGUGUAUGAGUCAGCAGCUGUUGGGUCAGCGGUUUUACAGGUCACGGCUUUAGACAAAGACAAAGGAGAAAAUGCGGAGCUUGUCUACACUAUUGAAGCAGGAAAUACAGGAAACACAUUCAAGAUUGAACCAGUUUUAGGGAUCAUUACAUUACUGAAGGAGCCAGACCUAACAACAAUGGGACAGUUUGUUCUGUCGGUUAAAGUGACUGAUCAGGGUUCUCCACCACUGUCUGCAACAGCAAUUGUACGGAUAUCUGUGACAAUGGCAGAUAACUCCCACCCUAAGUUCACCCUCAAAGAAUACCAAGCAGAGGUUAAUGAAAAUGUGGAUAUUGGCACUUCUGUCAUCUCUCUUUCUGCAAUCAGUCAGUCCACAUUAGUUUAUGAGGUUAAAGAUGGGAAUGUGGAUGGAAUCUUCACUAUAAACCCAUACUCUGGAGUCAUCACCAGUCAAAAGGCUCUUGAUUAUGAACGUGCUUCCUUCUAUCAGCUCAUCGUACAGGCAACAAAUAUGGCAGGGAUGGCAUCAAAUGCCACAGUGAACAUUCAGAUUGUUGAUGAAAAUGAUAACCCACCAGUUUUUCUCUUCUCUCAGUACUCAGGCAGCAUAAGCGAAGCCGCUCCCAUAAACAGCAUUGUCCGGAGUGCAAAUAACAGUCCCCUUGUGAUUCGUGCCACUGAUGCUGACAGUAACCAGAAUGCCUUGCUCGUCUACCAGAUUGUUGAAUCUACUGCAAAGAAAUAUUUCACAGUAGAUUCCAGCACAGGUGCAAUCAGAACAAUUGCAAAUUUAGAUCAUGAAACAAUAGCACACUUCCACUUCCACGUGCAUGUUAGAGACAGUGGAAAUCCCCAGCUUACAGCAGAGAGUCCUGUCGAAGUUACCAUUGAGGUAACUGAUGUCAAUGACAACCCACCAGUCUUCAGUCAAGCGGUGUUUGAGACUCUCUUGCUUCUGCCCACGUAUGUUGGUGUUGAGGUUCUCAAAGUCAAGGCUACAGACCCAGAUUCAGAGAUCCCUCCUGAACUCACGUAUAGUCUAAUUGAAGGCAGUAUGGACCAUUUUUUGAUUGAUUCAAACACAGGGGUACUCACCAUUAAAAACAGUAGCCUCUCCAAAGACCAUUAUAUGCUAAUAGUAAGAGUAUCUGAUGGGAAAUUCUAUAGCACUGCUAUGGUGACAAUAAUGGUAAAAGAAGCCAUGGAUAGCGGGCUACAUUUCACACAGAAUUUUUAUUCUACUUCUAUCUCAGAAAACACUACUAACAUCACAAAGAUCGCCGUGGUAAAUGCUGUUGGUAACCGUCUUAAUGAGCCCUUGAAGUACAGCAUAUUAAACCCAGGAAACAAAUUUAAAAUUAAAUCCACGUCGGGAGUCAUUCAGACAACUGGUAUAUCCUUUGAUCGAGAGGAACAAGAGCUGUAUGAAUUGGUGGUGGAAGCAAGCCGUGAACUAGAUCACCUUCGUGUUGCACGAGUGGUGGUGAGGGUUUACAUUGAGGAUAUAAAUGACAAUGCACCAGUGUUUGUAGGGCUUCCAUACUACGCUGCUGUGCAAGUUGAUGCUGAGCCUGGUACCCUAAUAUAUCGAGUGACGGCUAUUGAUAAAGAUAAGGAUGAAAAUGGUGAUGUGUCAUAUCUUCUGAAGGAAGACUACGGACAUUUUGAAAUUGAUAGGGGAACUGGUAGUGUCACUCUAAAAGAAGCUUUCAAUUCUGACUUAUCUAAUAUAGAGUAUUUGGUUGUCAUUCUUGCAAAAGAUGGUGGCAACCCAUCACUGUCUGCUUCGGUAGAACUCCCCAUUACUAUUGUUAACAAAGCUAUGCCUGUGUUUGACAAGCCCUUCUAUACAGCCUCCGUGAAUGAAGAUAUAGAAAUCCACACACCAAUUUUAAGCAUAAAUGCAACCAGUCCAGAAGGCCAGGGUAUCAUUUAUAUCAUUGUUGAAGGAGAUCCUUAUAACCAGUUUAAUAUUGACUUUGAUACUGGAGUUCUGAGUGUCAUCAGCCCACUGGACUAUGAAAUAAAUUCUCUUUUCAAGCUGGUGGUGCGAGCCAGCGAUGCUCUCACUGGUGCUCGAGCUGAAGUUACUGUGGACUUGGUCGUUAAUGACGUGAAUGAUAAUCCUCCAGUUUUUGAUCAGUCAGCUUAUAAUGCUACUCUGUCUGAAGCAUCUUUGAUUGGGACUCCUGUAUUGCAGGUUGUUGCUACUGAUGCUGAUUCUGACAAUAACAAAAUUGUGCAGUAUCAGAUAGUCCAGGACACCUUUAACAGCACGGAUUAUUUCCAUAUAGACAGCACAAGUGGCCUAAUUCUGACAGCACGUAUGUUGGAUCAUGAACUCAUACAGCAGUGCAGCUUGAAAGUCAGGGCAACUGAUAACGGGUUCCCACCACUUAGCAGUGAGGUUCUUGUUAGUAUCUCAAUAACAGAUAUGAAUGACAACCCUCCUGUUUUUAACCAGCUGAUAUACGAAUCGUAUGUUAGCGAGCUGGCACCUCGGGGUCAUUUCGUGACUUGCGUCCAAGCCUCUGAUGCUGACAGCUCUGAUUUUGACAGACUGGAGUACAGCAUCCUAUCAGGAAAUGAUCGGACCAGUUUCAUUAUGGAUAGCAAGAGUGGCGUAAUCACCCUUUCCAACCAUCGGAAGCAGAGAAUGGAGCCUAUGUACAGUCUAAAUGUCUCUGUCUCAGAUGGCUUGUUCACCAGCACAGCUCAGGUGCAUAUACAGAUCCUCGGGGCCAACCUCUACAGCCCUGUGUUUUCACAGAGUGUUUAUGUUGCAGAGGUCAGAGAAAAUGCAGCUCCGGGAACUAAAGUGCUCCACGUGAAGGCCACAGAUGGAGAUUCAGGUGUAUAUGGCCAGAUAAGCUACUCCAUAAUAAAUGACUUUGCCAAGGACCGCUUUUUGAUUGAUAGCAAUGGGCAGAUCCUAACAACUGAACGCUUAGACCGGGAGAACUUGCUAGAAAGUGAUAUUGGGAUAUUUCUGAGAGCACUUGAUGGAGGUGGCAGGACUACAUUUUGCACUGUGAGAGUGAUAGUAGUGGAUGAGAAUGACAAUGCUCCUCAGUUUAUGACAGUUGAAUACAGAGCAAGUGUCAAAGCAGAUGUUGGGAAGGGUUACUUGGUGACCCAAGUGCAAGCAGUAGAUCCGGAUGAUGGAGUCAAUUCUAGAAUUACCUAUUCUCUGUAUAGUGAGGCCUCAGUUUCGGUUGCUGAUCUGCUUGAAAUAGAUCCAGACAAUGGAUGGAUGGUCACCAAGGGUAGCUUUAACCAACUGAAAAACACAGUUCUGUCAUUCUUUGUCAAAGCAGUUGAUGGUGGCAUUCCUGUAAAGCAUUCUCUCAUCCCUGUCUAUAUCCAUGUUUUACCUCCAGAAACUAUUUUGCCUUCCUUUUCUCAACCUCAGUAUUCCUUCACCCUAGCAGAAGACACCCUCAUAGGCAGCACCAUUGACAUUGUGCAUAUUGUGCCUAAUCAGGGGGCUUUGUAUAGCACAGUUAACGGAGAGCUGACGGAAAACAACAAAGAUGGCAUAUUCAUCAUUGAGCAAGACACGGGGCUCAUAAAACUGGAUAAGAGACUUGACCAUGAGACAAAUUCUGCUUUUCACUUCAAAGUGGCAGCCACCAUUCAGUUAGACAAAGUAGACAUUGUCGUGACAGUGGAUGUAGAGGUUAAAGUGUUGGAUGUAAAUGACAACAAGCCCAUGUUUGAAACAGCUAGCUAUGAUGCUAUAAUAAUGGAAGGGAUGCCUAUAGGAACAAAACUUACGCAAGUUAAAGCAGUUGAUGCAGACUCAAGUGCAAAUGGGCAGGUCACCUAUACACUUGCAGUGGAAUCAGAGCUGGAAAAGAUCACAGAAGCUUUCACCAUUGAUAGCAACAGUGGGUGGAUCAGCACACUGAAGGAUCUGGACCAUGAAAAGGAUCCCACUUUCACUUUUGCAGUGGUGGCCUCAGAUCUGGGGGAAACUUUAUCCCUGUCAUCAACCACCUUGGUCUCAGUUGCUGUGACGGACGUAAAUGAUAAUGCACCUGUCUUUGAGCAUGAGGUGUACAGAGGGUCUGUGAAGGAGAGUGACCCCCCCGGAGAGGUGGUGGCUGUCCUUAGCACCUGGGAUGAAGACACAUCUGAUGUCAACCGGCAGGUUAGCUACCAUAUUACAGGAGGGAAUCCCAAAGGGAAGUUUGCUCUGGGACUGGUUCAGAACGAGUGGAAGGUUUACGUAAAAAGGCCACUAGAUCGGGAAGAACAAGACGUUUAUUAUCUGAACAUCACUGCCACAGAUGGCCUCUUUGUAACCCAAGCUGCAGUGGAAGUGACUGUCACUGACGUUAAUGAUAACAGUCCUGUUUGUGAACAGGUUGCAUACACAGCACUGUUUCCUGAAGACAUUCCAUCAAACAAAGUCAUUCUAAAAAUUGGUGCUAAAGAUGCUGACAUUGGGUCCCAUGGUGAAAUUCGCUACUCUCUUUAUGGUCCUGGGAACAAUAAGUUUUUCUUAGAUCCAGAAAAUGGUGAGCUGAAAUCCUUGGCCCCACUCGACCGAGAGAAAAUCCCCGUGUACAACUUGGUUGCUCGAGCUACAGAUGGUGGUGGCAGGUUUUGCCAGUCAGAAAUCCAUCUAAUUUUAGAAGAUGUUAAUGAUAAUCCACCAGUGUUUUCAUCUGAUCACUACACUGCAUGUGUCUAUGAGAAUACAGCCACUAAAGCAUUGCUAACAAGAGUCCAAGCUACUGAUCCUGAUGUUGGUGUGAACAGAAAAGUUACCUAUUCCCUCGCAGAUUCUGCAGAUGGUUACUUCUCAGUUGACCGGUCAUCGGGAAUCAUUAUUUUGGAGCAUCCACUUGAUAGAGAGCUUCAGUCUUCCUAUAACAUCAGUGUAAAGGCCUCAGAUCAGAGUAUUGUGCUGACCUUGUCCUCAUUUGCAACUGUUACCAUUACAGUGCUAGAUAUUAAUGACAAUCCCCCUGUGUUUGAAAGGAGAGAUUAUCUUGUUACAGUACCUGAAGACACUUCACCUGGCACUGAAGUGCUCUCUGUUUUUGCUACAAGCCAGGACAUUGGCACUAACGCUGAGAUUACCUAUCUCAUCAGAUCUGGGAACGAGAAGGGGAGGUUCAACAUUAACUCAAAAACAGGAGCCAUUUCCAUUUCUGAAUCUUUGGAUUAUGAAUCGUGUAAGGAUUUCUACUUAGUAGUGGAGGCAAAAGAUGGAGGUACUCCAGCCCUGAGUGCUGUUACAACUGUGAACGUCAACGUGACGGAUGUCAAUGACAACGCUCCAAAGUUCAGCCAGGUAGUCUACAGCGCAGUCAUCAGUGAAGAUGCUGCAAUUGGAGAUUCCGUUAUAAUGUUGAUAGCAGAAGAUCUGGACAGUCCUUCCAAUGGCCAAAUCCAUUUUUCCAUAGUGAGUGGUGAUCAAGACAAUGAAUUUUCAGUCGAUCCUGGUUCAGGACUCGUGAAGGUUAAAAAGAAAUUGGAUAGAGAAAGGAUAUCUGGUUAUUCAUUAGUUAUUCAGGCAAGAGACAGUGGCACCCCUCCUUUGUCUUCAUCUGUGACGGUCAACGUGGACAUUUCCGAUGUGAACGAUAACAGCCCUGUGUUUACUCCAGCUAACUAUACAGCUGUAAUUCAAGAAAAUAAACCAGUGGGCACAAGCAUUUUGCAGCUGGUAGUGACAGACAAAGACUCUUUUCACAAUGGCCCUCCUUUUACCUUCACCAUCCUCACUGGCAAUGAAGAGGAGGAGUUUACACUGGACCCUAACGGUGUCUUGAGAUCUGCAGUCAUCUUCAAGCACAUGGUUGCAACCGAAUAUGUACUCUGUGUGCAGGCAAAAGACUCUGGGAAACCUCAGCAGGUUUCCCACACCUACAUUCAGGUGAGGGUUAUUGAAGAAAGCAUCCACAAACCAACUGCCAUUCCACUGGAGAUUUUCAUUGUCACCAUGGAAGAUGACUUUCCAGGCGGAGUCAUUGGGAAAAUUCACGCCACAGAUCAGGAUGUGUACGAUGUCCUCACUUACACGCUAAAAUCAGAGCAGAAAAGUUUGUUCAAGGUUAACAACCACGAUGGGAAGAUCAUUGCCCUAGGAGGACUCGAUAACGGCAAGUACGUCCUAAACGUGUCUGUCAGUGAUGGCCGGUUCCAGGUGCCCAUCGAUGUUGUGGUCCACGUUGAGCAAUUACUUCAGGAAAUGCUGCAGAACACCGUCACCAUCCGCUUUGAGAACGUUUCCCCGGAAGACUUUGUGGGCCUUCAUAUGCACGGGUUCAGGCGCACCUUGCGAAACGCGGUGCUCUCCCAAAAACAAGACAGCCUGCACAUCAUCAGCAUUCAGCCGGUGGCAGGCAGCAAUCAGCUCGACAUGCUGUUUGCAGUUCAGAUGCACAGCGGCGGUUUCUAUAAGCCUGCCUUUUUGAUUCAGAAGCUUACCAAUGCCAGGAGACACUUGGAAAAUGUGAUUCGUAUUUCUGCUAUCUUGGAGAAGAAUUGCUCUGGACUGGAUUGUCAGGAACAACACUGUGAGCAAAGUCUAUCUAUUGAUUCACAUUCUCUGAUGACCUACAGCACGGCACGAAUUAGUUUUGUGUGCCCCCGCUUUUACCGGAAUGUGCGCUGCAUGUGCAAUGGAGGACUGUGCCCAGGGUCUAAUGAUCCCUGUCUGGAGAAGCCGUGCCCAGGGGACAUGCAGUGUGUGGGGUAUGAAGCUAACCGGAGACCCUUCAUCUGCCAGUGCCCACCGGGGAAGCUUGGCGAAUGCUCAGGCCACACUUCCCUUAGCUUUGCUGGGAAUAGUUACAUUAAAUACCGUGUUUCUGAAAAUAGCAAGAAAGAGGAAUUCAAGUUGGCUCUACGUCUGCGAACCCUGCAAAGCAAUGGGAUUAUAAUGUACACCAGAGCGAAUCCCUGUAUAAUUCUGAAGAUUGUCGAUGGCAAACUGUGGUUCCAGUUGGACUGCGGGACUGGCCCGGGGAUCCUGGGAAUUUCUGGCAGGGCUGUCAAUGACGGCAGCUGGCACUCGGUUUUCCUGGAGCUGAAUCGCAACUUCACGAGCUUGUCCCUGGAUGACAGCUACGUGGAGCGCCGCAAAGCCCCCCUCUACUUCCAGACCCUCAGCACGGAUAGCUCCGUCUAUUUUGGAGCACAGGUCCAAGUGGAUAACGUCCGCAGCCUGACUGACAAGAGAACCACGCAGGUUUUGAGCGGCUUCCAGGGCUGCCUGGAUUCAGUCGUCCUAAACAAUAACGAGCUGCCCCUGCAGAACAAGCGCAGCAGCUUUGCAGAAGUGGUUGGCUUGACAGAGCUGAAACUCGGCUGUGUACUGUACCCCGACGCCUGCGAAAGGCAUCCCUGCCAGAACGGCGGCACCUGUACCAGCGUGCCAUCUGGUGGCUACCAGUGCAAUUGCCUCUCUCAGUUUACUGGAAGAAAUUGUGAAUCAGAGAUCACAGCCUGCUUCCCAAAUCCCUGCCGGAAUGGAGGCUCAUGCGAUCCCAUUGGCAAUGCUUUCAUCUGCAACUGCAAAAAUGGCCUGACUGGAGUAACGUGUGAAGAAGAUAUCAAUGAGUGCGAAAGAGAAGAAUGUGAAAAUGGUGGCUCCUGCGUCAACGUAUUUGGUUCAUUUCUGUGCAACUGCACCGCUGGCUACGUGGGGCAGUACUGCGGUCUUCGCCCUGUGGUGGUUCCCAAUAUACAAGCCGGGCAUUCGUACGUCGGCAAGGAGGAGCUGAUAGGAAUAGCCGUGGUUCUGUUUGUCAUAUUUGUGUUGAUCAUCCUUUUUAUAAUUUUUCGCAAGAAAGUAUUCCGGAAGAACUAUUCCCGCAAUAACAUCACGCUUGUACAGGAUCCAGCCACUGCUGCCCUGCUGAACAAGAGCAACGGCAUCCAGUUCAAAAACAUCAGAAACAGCGGAGACAGCAGGAACAUCUACCAGGAGGUUGGGCCUCCUCAGGUCCCUGUAAGGCCGAUGGCCUACACCCCAUGCUUCCAGAGUGACUCGCGGAAUAACCUGGACAAGAUAGUGGAUGGGCUUGGCGUGGAGCACCAGGAGAUGACAACAUUUCAUCCCGAGUCCCCUCGGAUCCUGACAGCCAGGCGGGGUGUGGUGGUGUGCAGCGUGGCUCCCAACUUGCCCGCGGUGUCUCCUUGCCGCUCCGACUGUGACUCCAUCAGGAAGAGCACGUGGGAUGCUGGAACGGAAAGUAAAGGGGUUGAUGACGCUGAAGAAGUGACCUGUUUUGCAGGAAGUAAUAAAGGCAGCAACUCUGAAGUACAGUCCCUCAGCUCCUUCCAGUCUGAUUCGGGUGAUGACAAUGCGUACCACUGGGAUACCUCAGACUGGAUGCCAAGCGCUCGUUUAUCAGACAUUGAGGAAGUGCCCAAUUUUGAAGCAGCAGACGGAGGCUCAGCUCAUCACGGCAGCACCAGAGAACUGGAGACGGAUUACUACCUUGGUGGCUACGACAUCGACAGCGACUACCCACCCCCUCACGAAGAGGAGUUUCUGAGCCAGGACCAGUUACCACCUCCUCUUCCAGAGGACUACCCGGACCAGUACGAAGCCCUUCCGCCCUCGCAGCCGGUCUCGAUGGCAAAUACGCUCAGCCCCGACUGCCGGCGACGGCCGCACUUCCACCCCAGCCAGUACCUCCCUCCUCACCAGUUCCCCCACGAGACAGACACCGCAGGGGCUCAGACUGGGAACGAAUUUAGUACUUUUGCUGUUGGCCCAAGUCAGAACACAGAAAACGUUAGUGCAGGUAAGAUGCCCUUAUCCUUGCACAACUCUCUAGAUGCCUCCUCCUCUGAUGUCUCAGCCAGCUGCGGCUUUGAUGACUCUGAAGUAGCCAUGAGUGACUUUGAAAGCGUGGAGGAACUCAAACUAGAAAAUGUUCACAUUCCAUUUGUGGAGACCCAGCAUCAGACACAAGUGUAAAGGAAGCUCCCUUCUUCUUUCUCUUCUUCCUUUUUUUUUUUUGUCAUUUGGUCCAAUUAAUAGUAUAAAUAUUGAGAAGAAAUUUUGCUGAAGGUGUAUCUAUAUAUAUUGGGCAAUGCAAAAAUACAGUAUAACCCAUUAUUACCUUGUUCAGAAAUGAUAUUGUAUGUGCAGACACGAAGAGACCAACUGUGUUAAGUAUUACACAUUACAAAAUUGUUACAGACAAUCUGAAGAGUGUGUACCUUCUAUUUAUUACCAAGAGUAAAACUUAUGAGGAAGGGGAAAAUGAUCUCAUUCAUUGCUGAAUAAAUUCUUUUUCUCCCUCCCACCUCCACCUAGGGCUUGGGGUUGUUUUUUUUUUUUGUUAUUGUAUUAUUAAAAGUGUUACAGUGUUAUGAUCUUCCUACAGUAUUAAAGAACUGGUAUGGAUCAUUCCAAGAGGCAAUGUUGCAUGAAAUAUUGUCAGUGGAAGACUGAAAGCAAUUGAUCACUGAGGCUGCUAUGUACAUCACGUCAGAUGGCUUAAAAAACAGCAUUUACAAAUUGACCUAUCAAAGAUAUCAUUUGUCCAUAAAUAUUUGUCUAUGGUUUUGUUUGUUGCAUAACAUUUCAUUCUACUUCAUGUACAUAUACAGCAACGCAUAUACAGCAUAUAUUUAGUCUAAAUCAGCCCACUUUGGUUGCCGUUUUUCAACACAAUGUCAGAGGUAUGUGUACAACUUCACCAGUGAGGACUUCCAGAAGUGUCCUACCUUGUCUCUGUAUCAGCCAAGAUCUGCCCCAGCUGUGUACCUACAGCUUCCCUUGACUUCUGUAUGAAAUGUGAACAUGGAUCUGAAAACAGUUGGAAAACCUAAGGUAUCUGUCACACGGCUGUGUUUUUUUUUUUAAUUCCUUGCUUGGGCAAUCUCCUCUUUAACAGCAGUCAUCAUGCUGCAAUUAUUGCAGUAAAAUUAGUUGUAAUUAAGUUGCAUAAAACGUUGCUAUCAUCUCAAACUGUUAGUUUAACAUCAUUUGGCAAAUGUCCAUCCUUAGUGUUUAUGGGAAGAGUUCUCAGCUGCUGCAAACUGACUCAGUCGGUGGAACUGCAUGGAUGGGUCGUGACAAGGGAUCUGAUUUUAGAUUUUCUGCAAGAUGUGCAUGUGAUUUCGCAGGAUUUGAGGACUUCCAAAGGUUGUUUGCAGACUGCAGGAAAUCAUUGUGGAAUGAAGACGACGGCGGCAUUACUGUGAUCUUAUGCUUUCCUCAGCCUGGUUGGAGUUUAUGGCCUUUCGCGAUGAUUGGCCGGAACAGCUCAGUGCAAUAUGGAAAUGUGGGAUUCACACUCAGUGUCUACACACCCAUUGCUCAGUGCUAAGAUAAUGUUUUACCACUGCUUUUUACAUCAUCUCUAUACCUUACACAAUGAAUGUGAGUCUGUAGUCUACAUUGCUGCUGGAGUUUCAUCCAUUCCUGCCAUGGCAUCAUUCAGUCAUUUUGAAAAGCUGUUGAAUACAUGUCAUUGUUAUUAAUGAACAGAUUCAUUAACAGAUUUUCUGUGCUACUUUCCAUAUCCUUGGUCAAAUAUGUUAAUGGAAUAGUUUCAGCGGUUGUAUUCUGGGAUGUGUUCUUGACUGACUGGAGUUUCACACAGAAUUAAGUUGUGGGUCAUUUCUUGUCAUACAGGAACUUGUUAUUCACAAAUCACCCCCAGCAAAAAGAAAUUAUUAAUAGAAUAUAAUUGAAGUAAUUACAGCUUGUAACACUUUUAAUAAAACGGGAUUUCUAAAACUCUCAGAAGUAGAUAUGAUAUGCAGUAAUUGUUCAUGAGAAAACAGCUCAUUAUACAGGUGCAUGAAUAAACUGAGUGAGCUUUUGGAAAGACCACGUACUGCACAUACAAGUAUUAUCAAGUACUUGUCUGCCAAUAGUUUGUGUCCAUUGAAUUUAUGAAUGUCACUUGGUCUUCUCAAAGUAAACAUGUUUCUGUGGCAGUGAUAUAUUCUGAAUGUGCUCACAGUACGUUUCUGCUCCCUUUCCCUGCUCUUCUCCUCUCGUUUUCAAGAAAAAAUAAUGGAAAUGUGUAUCGCGAUUGCAAGGAACUGAGGGAUUGGCCAAUGAGCUAUGAAGUGGUUUGGCAAGCCUUGAAGCGCAGACGGAGGAUGAUGUGCACUGCUCAUGAAGUUGGUGUUGCAGGAAAGCGGAUGCAAGAAUUAGAUUGGUAUCUCUUCAAGGUUAGGAACAACUGAGUUGGAAAAGCAAAGCUGCAAGUUUAGCUGCUACAAAGUAAUUUUAAAACUGGCAUGACGCUCUGAGAGCGAGGUACUCUUUUAGCGUCUACUUGUAGCUUAUGUGAGGUUUUGCUCCUACUCAGUUUUGGUGUGAGACAUUUCUAUCUUUUAUGCAAUUAGUUCUCUUUUAGCCCCCAGCUAGUUAUGAAGUGUUCUUGUCAUCGUUCUUCUGUAGUGGGAAGUCUUGAGUAAGCCCAAGACACUGAUAUCAAAACUGUCCUGGGACAUAUCAAAAGUGUCACAAGGGAGAGCACCACAGAAGCUUAGCAACUGCUAUACUGAAAAGACCAGUGUUUCUUACCAAGCUUGUUGCCUCAGUAAUAUCUUGUUGGUAGUGAAUUUUACUAGUAAAAUAUGCAGAAAUACAAUGUAUAGUACUUUUUCUGUUUUGAUGUUGUUGCCAUUCCAUUUCACUGAACGCCUACAUAUGAAAGUGCUGUGGGGACGCUGCCAAGGAUCACCCAUUCGUCCUUCUCUGUCCCACUCAUGAUUUCUAUACCUCAGUACCUCCUCCCCUCCAAAUGAAGUCAUCCCAGCCUGAUUGUUCCAUCUUCAAACAAAUGCCCCUCUGUGGAUAUUGGUACUUCUGUGGCCUUUCUGGUUCUGUUCUGGCUCAUUUUGAUGAUGAUAAGACCUGAAUGCAGAUGUCAAAGUUAGAUACUUCUUAGGGAGUACGACUUUUGUAUUAACAUCUCUCUUGUAAAUCCAAACCAUUUUAUUAUCUUCUUAAUUACUGCUCUGCAUGGAGAAGCCCUAAUUUUCUAACCUGGAAGAUAACAACAUAUACACAACCUAAUUAGUGUUCACGUUGUUCCAUCCAAUAUAUAUUUAUUUUUCUGCCAUAUGCAGCAAAUUUGUGUUGCUGUUGCCAUCAUUCUCAGCUCCCUAGUUUUGUUACAGCUUCCCUUGCCAUCUCUGCUGAUCUGAUUGGCCUUGGUCCUGUGUUUGUAUUUCAGUUCACAUUCCUGUAGAUGGCUCUACUACACACUAUUUUCUUUCAGGAUCAGCUGUGAGGAGAGAUUUCAUAGACUUAAAUGCUGAUCCGUAUCAGUGGAUUGCAACCCUUAGGAUCAAGACAGUCUUUGCUUCUUGUAAAAAGGCAAAACAAAUAACUUGCUAAAAUGCAAAUAUGUACUUGUAUAGAGAAUACAAGACUUUGCAAGAGGGUGUCUGUCUGAGGAAAAGAAUGCAUGUUCCCUAAAUUUUGGUCAGAAUACAUGGAGAGCCUUUUGAUAACUCUGAGAAGAGCCUUAAAAUGACUGACAACAUAAUUUAUGCUGCCAAUGCCACAUGAAGUGGCCUUGUGCAAAAGGAAAAAGUAGACUCACGUACCUUUCUUAAAUAUGGUAAUUUUUUUGUCUUUGGGUUAUAGACAUCUUAAAAAACAAAUAAAUAAAUAAAUAAACACGUAGUCCCAAAGAUACUGGAUGUGAUUGCUGUCCUGAUCCAGUAUCUUCCAGUUGGGCACAGAGACAAUGGUGACACCAAGGAGCCACAGCAUCACUUCCCUCCCACAGGGCCAAGUGCUGUAGAUCACUGUAAAGUUGCCUUCCUAUAGGACAUGGCAUGUAAGGGCAACAGAGAAGAUGAUGUAACACAGAUUCAUUACAGUGCUGUGAUUUCUAAGCAGUCCAGAAAUUUUCCUAAAACUUUGUGAUGUCCCUUGGGUUUGUUUAGCAAAUAGAGCAACUCAGAGCUGGAAGGAGCCACUGCCUCUGUUUUCCUGAUGGCAGAAGGUUGUGUGCAACAGCAUGGGCUUUCCGCCUCGGCAUGUCCCACACACAAGUUAAAUUUAGGUCCUUCAGUCCUGAAGUAGUGCUGGCUUUCAUUCAUCGGUACCCUCAGAAACUCAGCCUGGAUGCAGCACAGGGAGGCAACGCAUGACACUGAAAUGCUGAUUAAUAGAGCGGCAGAAGCCUGUUGUCACUGAGAGCCAGGCAAGUGGUAAGUUUCAAGAAUGUGGCAUAAAAAUUGUUGCUGUUGGCUCAAUUAAACAUCCUUUAUAAAAAGAAAUGCGGACAGGAUGGGACAGCUGGUUAAAAGCAUGGCUUUACUCCUCAUCAAGUUCCUGUUAGAAAAGCUAAAGGAAUGCUGUAGCAUAUCCUUAAUAAUUGCAAGCAUGGGAGGGUUGAAGGUGCCCUGGACCAGUUUUUCUAAGCUGCAUUUGAAAAGGUAGCAUGCUCAAUAAUGGAGAAAAACAGCUAUUUAAAGCCAGUAGUGAAUGUAGAUCUGUGCUCCAUUGGUGUUUUUUGGAGCUAUUAACUGAGUAAUAAUGGAUAUUCCAUAGGUUUCCAAAGAGAGAGUUACAUUUUCAGGUUCAUUCUCUGUUGGUUUACCAGCGAUCACCAUGCAGUAAAACUGUGCUUUUUGCCUCUUUGCAUCAAUACACCAAACUGUGAAUUGAGCCUUAGCAGUUGAGAGUGUUGCCCAUUAUCCAUGGCCAUUAACCUGUGCUUCAUAAACUUGACAUUUAACAUCUCCAUUACCAGAAGGGGCAUUCAGUUAGUAAAUUAGCUGCAUCAUCCAAGGGAUGGGCGGGUGGGGAAGAAAUGAAAUUAAAUUCAUUUCAUUCUGUAAUAAUAAAAAGCAAUAACUACAAAUGUGUCGUAUUACACAAAGGCCAUAAGUAAUCUUUACCAGUGUUAAGAGUGCACUUGAACUGUAUUAUGGAAAGAGAUUGGAGCCCUCAGAACUGUAGCAUUCUUCUGUCAUAGGAAUACCUGAAUGGCUGUUAUUUAACAAUGCAAUGAGCCCAUACUGCCGAUUUUCAGGAGGUGACAAAGAUGUUUAUGAAUGAAAGCAGUUCUCUUUAAAGCACUGUAUCGGAAAAGAUUGUCUUGUAAAUUUUACCUGUUGCAAGCAGGCUGGUUUGUAAAAGAUGUAUGUUUUGGUGUUUAAAAAGAAGUUUAUAAAAUAAUGUAUAUAAUGGUUUCAAAUUACCAGGCUUUUGUAGAUAUUUGAUGCCAAUCAGGUCGCUUUAAUUUUUGUUUGUUUGUUUGUUUGAUAUCAUUCUGAAGAGUCAUCAAAGUUGGUUCAAACUUUUGAAGUAACAGAAAAGUUUUAGAUUUGAAAACUGGUACUUUUUAAUCAUUUCAAAAUGUACUGUAACUUUUCUUUUGGUUCAGCUCUUUCUGUUUAACUUUUUCUGUUUUUAAGAAGACGUUUUUUAUUGACUUUUUUUAAAUGAAUGUGUUUUGCACAAAAAUACCCUAGAGAUAUGAUUUUUACGCCAUUUCAAGUAGGUAUUAAGAGGUGUCAUUUCUCCAGUGACAACAAAUUCAACCUUAUGCAAAAUGGAAGGUUUAUCACUUUGAGUGGGCGUAGUCCCUCAUCCAAAAACUAAUUGUUCCUUCAUAAUUGCUGUUGGCAGUAUUGUCUUGUGUUCUUUUGCUACAAAAACAAAACAACAAAAAAAAAGUGUACAGGUUUGUAACUGCCAAAAUUUGCUAAAGUUGAUGGUUAAAACAAAUUUUCCAAGUAAACAAAAA